UCGUGCAGGUGGUGAAGUGGACGUCGCUCGUUGCGCGGUGCACAGUGGCAGCCUUUGAGUCUAUACGCAGGACACUGAACAGGUGGGGCAGAAGAAGGACUGGAGAUGCCACGGGCAUGCACAGCUGCAGAGACGCCGAGUGAAGCGAGUGCGGGACCCGCCUUUUAAACGCGUUGCAUAUUGAGGGAAAAAAUGGGACGGGGAGUCGUGGGGACCAUUGUAGGUAAAAGCAUAAAGGCGCGAUAUCAGUCGGGGAUGGUGUGUAAUAGGUGUUUAACCGUCACGUACUUGUGCUCUGUCGCAUCACCAUAAGUUGUUGCACUUUGACAAUUUGUUUACUAAUUGGGCUUUCAGUGCUUGUUUUACAGUGUUGAAUGAAACCAAACUGCCAGUUUCCAGGCACAUCAGUCCCAGAUGUUAAAGGAAAGCAUUCAGAGAAGCUUAGGUUCACCCAAGCUGCACUGGAACCGCUGUUUCAUACAGACAUAUAAUUUAGACGAGAUAAUACUAGGUAUAUAUUUAAUUCUGUAUCCUAACCAGGAUUCAGGAUUAUUAAAUAAUUACAUUUUGAGAUAUGGUGAACUAGAUAUUUUAGCAGCUAAAUAUAUUAUAAACGGUCACUUAAUACGAUAGUCCACAACAGACUUCCCUUUUAAAUUACAUGCCAGUACCAAUCAGAGUCUUAUUACAGCUGCUAGGUGCUCCAGAUGUUACUAGUGCAUGCACUUGCACAUCUCUUGCACCUGUACUGAUGUUGUAAGUGUACAAGUACAGACUGCAGACAAACUUGCCAUGCAUUGUACCCAUUCCUCUGUGGUCAGGUUAUGACCACACAACCAUUGCUGAGCUUAAAUGAUUUCAGCAGGGGCCAUUCCUAGCACAGCAGGGACACAGACACUGUAGUUGGGGUUGUGCUGGUACAACCGUAUCAGGUAUAGCAGUGUUGCUGGAGUUCCUCCAGAUCAGUGCCCCUACUGCUUUCACUGUGGUUUAUUACUUAAUACUCAACACCAAUCCAAGGUUCACAAACCAAAUUCCAACUAAAGAGUUAACACAUAUCAGAUAUUGCAUGGUAUAAAAUGGGCUAUAACCUUUAACUGUACACCUACAAAGUAAGUAAGUCAGUGAGUGCAUGUAAACAUCUUUUUUUUUCCUGUGUGCUAAAACAAAACAGUUCAUGACUUAAAUAAUUUGCAGACACCUAAAUAUAAUUUAUAUUGUCAAUUAAUGUAGUAGGAAGACAAAGAAUUAUAUUAAAUUCUAUUCAAAUUUCCUUUAAACUUUCGGGGCCAUACUAAUCAGUGUAUGAUUUCAAGGGAUACUGUCCCAGUGUUUAGAGACUUGAUAUUGUUAUGAACCCCAGGAACAACCAUCAGCCCCGCACGGCCAUGCCCACACGCACACACCCUCGAUCUGACUCACCGGAAUUCUAGCACAGACCUGAUUCCCAUUCCCCUCAUUACCAUCCCCUUUAUGAGCUUCCCUUACCUGUGCACACGUUGCUAAGUAUUGUUCCCAUGUGGUGUACCGAGCGUUUCCUCAUCCUAUAUGUUUUCCUGGUUACCGAUUCCUGCUUGCCUUCUAGACUUCAUCUCCUGCCUGACCCUCGGAUACUUCCUGAACGCUACCCUGUACAUCAACCUCAGACUGACCUGACUACGCUUAACCGUCGAUGGGCAAUGCUAACAGCUGCACUGUGGAUGACCUGCAAGCCGUUGAGAUGCAUCUGUGGUACAAGAAGUUCAUGACGGAGUGCCCAUCAGGACAACUCACACUGCACGAGUUCAAACAGUUCUUCGGACUUCGCGGGCUGGACUCGGAGGCCGACGCCUACAUCGAACGGAUGUUCUGCACCUUUGACAUGAACAAGGAUGGCUACGUGGACUUCAUGGAGUAUGUGGCAGCCUUGAGUCUGGUGAUGCGAGGCAAGAUGGAGCACAAACUGCGUUGGUACUUCAGACUCUAUGAUGCUGAUGGCAACGGCUGCAUAGACAGGCACGAACUGCUCCACAUCAUAAAGGCUAUUCGGGCCAUUAAUGGAAAAGAGGAGCAGAACCUGAGUGCAGAAGAGUUCACGAACCUUGUGUUUGACCGGAUCGAUAUCAAUGGUGAUGGGGAGCUGUCUUUGGAGGAGUUUGUGGAAGGAGCACGUAGUGAUGAGGACUUCAUGGAGGUGAUGAUAAAGAGUUUGGAUCUCAGUCACAUUGUGGCCAUGAUCCACAAACGCAGACGCAGCAUAUAGUCGCACACACGCAUGAAUGAACAGAGAAUGAGUGUUGAAUUAACACUGUUAACACUGUUAGUGUUGAAUUUUGUUCAAUUAAUGCAUGAAUGAGUGUUGAAUUAACUACUUUAGUGUUGAAUUCAUUCAUUCUUAAUGCUCAAUCUUUGUGUCCAACUAAACUUCAUAUAAACAAUGUACAUGUUCAUUUAACACUGGGGUUCUUGCUAUACCCCUUCUCCCAGACCCUAGGUCUCCUAUAUGCACACUGGUCAGGAUCCGCAAUUAUUAAACCAAACAACACUGUCAAAUAAUAGUGUAACUUACACAAAUCAAGGAAUUACAGGCUUGUAAUCCUUUGUAGUUUUCAAAUGAGACACAAAAAGAGAAUGUAGCCAAACCAAGCUGGGGAAAAUUCAAGUGCUGGCAAUGGGUGUCAAUCCCACUCCAAACUCCCUAUCAGUUUCACAGAAAAUAACCCACUACAUCCGAAUAUGGUGAAUCAGAUAUUGUUUAAAUGGAAGUGUGAGUAUGUCUCAGAUCCCACCCACUUUUAAUUAUUGUUUUUGAUUAUUGCUAAUUGCACUUGUUUUAUAAAUCAUUAGAAAGAACCUCCAGUCAGGAAUGUUCACUUCUGUAAUGAUUCAAGUUAUGUAUAUGCUGAGAGUUAUGUAUAUGCUGUUAUGUUAGUUAUGUAUAUGCUGAGAGUUAUGUAUAUGCUGACUGUAGAGAUUUCUACCAUUUUAUAAUGUGUGUUAGCAUCUUGUACAUGUACUUGUAAAGGUGCAAGAUGGUGAGUUUGAGCAUUUUCUUUUAAUAAAAAAAAUUGCUUCAAUAUCCCUUUAUUAUAGAUGUGCUAAAUCUUGUGCCUUCUGUAAUAGGACUGCA